AUGGCCUGCUCUACCAACUGUUCCUGCCCUAAGCCCUGCACUAACUGCGCCUGCGAGAAGGCUUGCACUUGCUCUCCUUGCUCCUGUGAGUCUUGUAAGUGCGCUAAGGCCUGCGAGUGUGAGAAGUCCACCACUUGCAAGUGUGAGUCUUGCAAGUGCGAGGGCUCCUGCAAGUGCUAG